GACACGUUGCAUUGCUCUGGAGCAUUUAUGCAUCUACACUCCUCUAAUGUACGAUGAUGACAGCACAGCAAAUGAACUGUCCCUGCUAUCAGAUAGGAUUCAUUGGUGCACGCGGCUUGUAACUCUGUCUUGUCCAAUGGUCGACUGGGCAACAUGGAAACAUCUCUCCCACCUCCCUACCCUUCUCACAUUGGGAAUUGAUCAAGGGUAUUAUGACCCUUCUUCGCUGUCAAACCAAGAUAUUGUGAAUUUAUCAUUCCUUAACAUCACGAGCCUUUCCUUUCUACAUGUGUGCAAUGCUGCAGACAUCAUCACAGUCAUGCAACACUCGCAAUUUCCCUCGCUGAAAGAGUUCGAGUUUGAAGCCAACUAUCUGUCUUCAGAAGAGGCCGAGCAACUCUUUCAUGCUCUGUCCCACUGCAAUGCGUGUCGGACUCUAGAAGAAAUCUUCAUAUCUUCUCUUGAAGUCAGAUUCGUGGGACCCCAAAACCACGAGUUUUUGACACCAAUUCCGCAUUUCCUUUGCUUUACACAGCUCCGAACCCUGCAGCUCAAGUUUUCUCAUUCCUCCAUCUACCUAGACAAUAACAUGCUCUUGCAAGCUAUGUCUAGUUGGCCGCACAUCCGCACUCUGGAAAUCAACUACUUAGAUGACCAUCUUUCUUCUUCCGAAGUCUCCCUCCGUGGAUUAUUCGCAGCGGUCAGUCUGUGUCCACAAUUGCAUACACUACGAGUUCCGAUCAAUAUUGCAGCUAUCGACGUUGAUCCUGAUUCCGAGCCAAUACAACAUACCUCCCUACGAUCAUUGGAAUUGGAGACAUCGGAGACUGAAAUAGCAGAUGCAGAAACUCUCGCUCGCAUCAUUUCCGGCUGGCUCCCUUGUGUCGACCAAGUUCUAAGCAUAGAUAAGAGGUGGGAUAAAUUCAACAAGCAUCUCAAAUCUUUGAGAGCGGCUACUGCGCCGUAUGUCGCGGGAGCCUGCUAG